ACAACCUCAAGGUAGCUGAUACAUUCAGAGAGAAGCAGAAAGAGAUAGAGGACAGAGACAGAGAAAGAAACAAAGGAACAGAGAAAGAGAUUGAGAGACAUGGGGAGGGCUCCUUGCUGUGACAAGGCAACAGUGAAGAAGGGUCCAUGGUCACCUGAGGAGGAUGCAAUGCUCAAGAACUACAUUGAGCAGCAUGGCACUGGUGGCAACUGGAUUGCACUGCCUCACAAGAUUGGGCUGAAGAGGUGUGGUAAGAGCUGCAGGCUGAGGUGGCUCAACUAUCUGAGGCCAAACAUAAAGCAUGGGGACUUCACCCCAGAGGAGGACAGCAUCAUCUGCAGCCUCUACAUUAGCAUAGGGAGCAGGUGGUCAAUCAUAGCAGCACAGCUGCCAGGAAGGACUGACAAUGAUGUCAAGAACUACUGGAAUACAAAGCUCAAGAAGAGGCUCCUUGGCCGGCGCAAGGACCGCGGUCACCACCACCACCGCAGCCAGAGCGCCACCGCCACGGCGGAGGACGAUCUGCCAGCCGGCGACGCCAUGAACGACAGCGGCGGCGAGCAGCGGUCGCUGAGCGCGUCGGCGAUGGAGAGGAUCCAGCUCUGCAUGCAGCUCCAGGAGCUGCAGAACCCCCUGGCCAUGCACCAACACCACAACCCCUUGCUGUGGCCAAACAAGGAUCAUGGCAACAACAGCUUCAACAGCAACAGCAGCAGCAGCAUGAAUGUCACGGUGGCUGAGCAUGGCCUGUCCAGCUCCCUGGGUGACCACCACCAGCAGCUCAAUGGGCAGCUGGAGAGCGCCGCCGCCAUGGCGGCCUCACCGUCGAGCGGGGAGAACUCGAACGUCGUCACCAUCGAAGCCGAGCUCCAGGAGCUCCUCUACGGAGAGGGGAGCCAAGGGAGAGGCGGCGGUGGUGGCGCGGUCAUCGUCGACUGCGAUGUCGGCGCACCGCAGGGGGAUGUGGACUGGUGGAGCUAUGAUCAGGGCAAGCAGUCCCCUGUGAACUGCUGGGACUUCACCCCAGAGACCAGCUCAAUGUUCCAGGAUUACACAUCAGUAUAUGACAUCUGAAUUGUGAAGAACAUUGUUAAGAUAUAUAUGUUAGGGAGGUAAUAAUAGGGAUUGUCUAGUCUUGUGACACCUACACCAGCCAAACUGUAAGAAGUUUCUUGUAAGAAAUUUGUAGCAAGAGAUAAAUAAAAGGUAUGGUAAAAAUACCAGGUCCAAGAGAUGACAUAAACUUGGCACCAUUCUGUCAAAGAUCAGAUAGGAGCAUCUUAGAGGAGAUGAGAUCACCUUAAUGCAAGGUGGCUUUCGCUGGGAGAAAAUGGACUGAUCUCUUCACAAUAGUCACUUUCAUGCAUGGCUUCUGGGACAACAUAUUCUUGUGUUACAAUCAUGAAAC